AUGCCUUACAACACUCGCCGUGGUGGAAGCCGAGUAUCACCAGACCCACGAUCAGGCCCAUCACAUACUCGCUCUCCCCCUCUCCCUCGUAGAUUGGAAGACAAUUUUACCGAUGACGACCCAGAAACCAGCGAAGAUGAAGAAGUCACGGGACUCUCAGCCGUUAACCGCAAGAGGACAAGGAAAAACCCUGCCAUCCAUCCAACCAUGCAAAACUACCACGAACUUGGCCUUGAAUGGGGCCAAGCACGAGCCGAGCGAAUCCUAGCCCGACAACCCCACAUCAAGACACGAGUGUCUCAAACCUGCCUCCUCGAGGCUCAAGCCCUCCAAUUUCAAUACAAUCUUGACAAGACAAUGCUUUGUAUAGCUGAAGGAAUCAGCCGACCCACCCUCGAUGCAGCUCUGUACGAUUUUCUACUUUUAUCACCAUUGAUUUUCCUUUCUAAGUCAAUAUGCUCAUACAUUGCCUUUCACUUUCACACUACAGAUUCGAAGGGCCACUGGCACGCGAACCAAAUAAAUAUACAAACUAUCAGGCAUAUAGCCUGGUUAGUACCACCACCCCAAGUUAGUGCUUUGCAUUCCAUCCCUCCCAAUCGAUACGAUCUCCACUUAACCCCUUCUCGUUCUUUUCCUUGUCUUUGUAUAGUGCCUCCAAAAGGUCAAUCAGCGGGGUUCAAGCAGCGCAAUAAGAUUGUAGGCAACACCUGGUCAAGCUACGAAGAGGACCAACAGCACGUAUUCAAACCCGAGAUAUUCGAACGCCUCAUAAGUGAAGUCAUGAAAGAAAUGCAGUACAAUAGAUCAGAACCUCCUAUGACUACCAGCACCGAAGACGACGAAUUAAGCAUAGAUUUAACAUUAACUGAUGAAGAGAAAGAAAAAUAUGUUCCGAUUUUUAAAAGUUUGGUCAACAUGGAGGCAGUCAAACUAGAUUUCAAACACGGUCGACUUUGUAGGCAUAGCGGGACUGCCCGACAAUUUGAAAAAGUUGGCAUAGAAGAGAUUAAAAAGGUCGUUGAGCAACUUAACCUCAUUCACACUAAAUUUCGAUUUCACUUUCACCUCCUCGUUGCGGCUUGGAAUCCAAAUACAUCGAUGUCUCGCGCCCUCUACCAAGACGAGUUCACAUCAGCAGAGACUUGGGCAGGACUUGCACGGAGUGAAUUUCAUCUACUUGAACGUUUUGCUGUUGCGUCGACUCAAGCACCGGCUGCAAAAAAGUCGACAAAGAAAUCCACUGAAUCUAGUACACCUCAAGCUAUUCUCAGACAAGACCUGAUCACACGCCUCAAUGGUCUCAUACGUGGACGCGAAUCUAGAAACGAUACUCAUCCUCAAGGUCCGAAUCCACAUGUUACCUUACCUAAACGGACUUUUCGCUCUGGCAUACGUUUGGCCGUCCUCCGUCUACCUGGGUCACUAGUUACAGAGGAUAUGUUAUCAAGAGGCUGUGGAGCAGGAAAACUCCCGGGUGAGAAAGUCAGAUUAUGGAUCGAGGAUAUUGUAGCCAAAAGGUAUCUUGUGGUCAAAGCUACAGACCCUCGACUCAAUACUUCCACCGAUAUGGGACAGCCAUCAACUGCAACCACCGAUAUGGGACAGCCAUCAACUGUAACUUAA